CUGGCUCUGAUGCUGGCUGGCUCUGCAGGUCCGGCUGACAUCGCCGCCCAGAUGGCCUCGGGGCUGACCCCGCUGACCCUCCUGCUGCUGCUGCUGUUGGCUGGGAAUGGAGCCUCCUCAAAUCCAAAUACUGCCAGCUCCAGCUCCAGGGAUCCAAAGACUCUGCAAGGGGAAAGCGAAGGGAACAUCGUGGAGGGAGAUAGCCCCGAGAUUCCAACCGUUCAGCACGUCGAAGAAUCUUUCACCUUGUUGCCAACAACAAACUCAACAACCAACUCAACAACCAACGCAACCACCGAAGUAACAGCUAGUACCGCUGAAGAACCCACCACCCAACCAACUACCCAGUCCCCGACAGAUCCUGCUACCCAGCCCACUCCUGAGCCCUUCUGCCCAGGGCCUGGCACUCCCUGCUCUGAUCUGGAGAGUCACUCAGCAGAAGCUGUGCUGGGGGAUGCUUUGAUAGAUUUCUCCCUGAAGCUCUACCAUGCCUUCUCAGCAGUGAAGAAGGCUGAGACCAACAUGGCCUUUUCCCCGUUCAGCAUUGCCAGCCUCCUCACCCACGUCCUGCUUGGGGCUGGGAAUGUCACCAGAAGAAACCUGGAGAGCGUCCUCUCCUACCCGGAGGACUUUGCCUGUGUCCACCAGGCGCUGAAGGCCUUCACGUCCAAAGGCGUCACCUCAGUCUCUCAGAUCUUCCACAGCCCAGACCUGGCCAUAAGGGACACCUUUGUGAAUGCCUCUCAGAGCCUGUAUGGCAGCAGCCCCAGAGUCCUGGGCAAUAGCAGUGAUGCCAACUUGGAGCUCAUCAACACCUGGGUGGCUGAGAACACCAACCACAGGAUCAAGCACCUGCUAGACAGCCUGCCUUCUGACACCCGCCUUGUGCUCCUCAAUGCUAUCUAUCUGAGUGCCAAGUGGAAGACAGCAUUUUCUCGCGAUAAAACCAGGGUGGAGCCCUUUUACUUCCGUGACUCUGUUAUAAAAGUGCCCAUGAUGACUAGCAAGAAGUACCCUGUGGCCCAUUUCAUUGACCCAACUUUGAAGGCCAAGGUGGGGCAGCUGCAGCUCUCCCAUAACCUGAGCUUGGUGCUCCUGGUGCCCCAGACCCGGAAACACCGUCUUGAAGAUGUGGAGCAGGCUCUCAGCCCCACUGUCAUCAGGGCCAUCGUGAAGAAGCUAGAGAUGUCCAAAUUCCAUCCCACUCUCCUAAUGAUGCCCCGCAUCAAAGUGAAGACCAGCCAGGACAUGCUGUCAAUCAUGGAGAAACUGGAAUUCUUCGACUUUUCUUAUGACCUUAACCUGUGUGGGCUGACGAAGGACCCGGAUCUUGCAGUUUCUGCGAUGCAGCACGAGACAGUGCUGGAGCUGACAGAGACUGGGGUGGAGGCGGCUGCAGCCUCCGCCAUCUCCGUGGCCCGCACCUUGCGGGUCUUUGACGUGCAACAGCCGUUCCUCUUCCUGCUCUGGGACCAGCAGCACGAGUUCCCUGUGUUCAUGGGGCGGAUAUAUGACCCCAGGGCCUGAGGCCUGCAGGGGCCAGGUUAGGGUGAGCCUCCGCUCUCCCAGCGGCAGCCCUGCUGCUGCCUGCCUGGACUUGCCCCCGGCCACCUCCUGCCUCAAGUGUCCUCUGUCCUCCACCUAAAGGGCUCCCUCAGGGUCUGACAGAGGGACCUGCUUCUAUCAGCCCUUCCGCAGGGCUCUGCCAUGCUCUCCAGGCCACUUUUUGCAGCUUUCUCUGGCUCAAGUUCACCAGACUCUACAAAUAAAACCUGGCAGACCAUGA